AUGUCCGAUACCGUGUCCACGCAAUCCACGAGUCCCAGACGAUCUGCUCGUCUACGAACCGCGUCUACAGCUAGUAGUCGGGCGGUCUCCCAGAACAAUACACGAUCUGUACGCGCAUCUGACAGAACCGACUUCAAGCUACUAGUACCCAUAAACCCAAACGAUCAUAUCGCCCGGAGCCCCAGCGUCGGAUUACAUGCAAUUGCCGUGGAGGAAGCCGCAAGGCCGUCGUUAGCCGUCGGCACGACGUCGACGAACGGCGGAGAAAGCUCGAGACGGCUGAGGUAUUGUUACUCUUCGAUUUGUGCUGGUUUGCUAGUAGCGGUACUGUCGCUCAGCCUGCUGCUUGAGGACACCCGCCGCUACGUGACGUUCGCCUGCGCUUGGACAAUUUAUAGCGUCGCAUUAGCCAACCCGAUUGGCGACACCUAUGCCCAUUUGCUCAAAUCUAUGGUCCCUGUGCUGAUGUGUUUGGCCCCCACUCCCUUGGUGUUGUUACCGAGUUGCCGGCUCGCCGCAGCGGACCAUCGGCUGAACGCGAACUGGUCGGAUUAUGUUGACCUAGUUGCCAUCCAAAGCUCGUGGGUUGCUGGGACGACGAAUGAAACCUUGAACCGGCUCGAGAGCACCCUCCAGCUAUACGUCACUGCGCUGAAAAUCCAUCGCUCGUCACAAUCGCUUUUCGAUAGUAUGGCGUCCUCCGGCACUCUCGCUCAGGCAUCGGAGGCCUUAGCAGAAGACGCGGGGAAGGUGGCCAGGGACGUCAUUGAGUUGCAUAAAGAGGCGAGCAUCGUGGCUCAGGGGGUCAACGACCUCCAUUGGGCCGCGAUCAUCGCGCUGUCUCGCGUGCAAUCAACCUCUCAUACGUGGACCCGGCUCAUAUAUCCUGGGAACGCCUGGAUUGUGUCCCGUCUGUUCGAGGCGGUCGACUUAUCCAUCUCUGAAUCAUCGCGUCGACUCACACCGUAUAUCCACGCCACCCUGGCCGACGUCUUCCAUCUCGCCGGCAGCCUGGCCGUCAUCGACGAUUGCAUCACGGAUCACUGCCCGAGGACUUACCGAGGACUCGGUGCUCGAGGUUUCCUGCGGUCGGCUGCAGGCCCCGAGCCAAAUCGAUGCAGGGACCUAAUGCUGAUCGUCGAAUUAGCGAGGUACGAUAUCAGGGAGAUACUGACGUCAAUUCAAGAUAUGGUCUCUGUCGCAGACAACGCGAACAGGCAGAUCAUGGGUUUGCGCAACAAGCUUGCUCGGCGUUGGGAGACUCAGCCUGUAGAGCACAUCGGUAUGGGAGACUUAGUCAUUCAUAUCGAUAACAUAGCCUUGGCACAGAGGAAUACGGACAUCAAGAGUAAUGUCGAAUAUUUUCCUAUAUAG